AUGCGGACGGCCCAGGCUUGGGGCACCCCCAACACCUCCUCAGCCCAACACCUCCUCAGCCCAACACCUCCUCAGCCCAACACCUCCUCACCCCAACACCUCCUCAGCCCAACACCUCCUCAGCCCAACACCUCCUCAGCCCAACACCUCCUCAGCCCAACACCUCCUCACCCAACACCUCCUCAGCCCAACACCUCCUCAGCCCAACACCUCCUCAGCCCAACACCUCCUCAGCCCAACACCUCUCAGCCACAGCCCAACACCUCCUACCCCAACACCUCCUCAGCCCAACACCUCCUCACCCCAACACCUCCUCAGCCCAACACCUCCUCAGCCCAACACCUCCUCAGCCCAACACCUCCUCAGCCCAACACCUCCUCAGCCCAACACCUCCUCACCCCAACACCUCCUCAGCCCAACACCUCCUCAGCCCAACACCUCCUCAGCCCAACACCUCCUCAGCCCAACACCUCCUCACCCCAACACCUCCUCAGCCCAACACCUCCUCACCCCAACACCUCCUCAGCCCAACACCUCCUCAGCCCAACACCUCCUCACCCCAACACCUCCUCAGCCCAACACCUCCUCAGCCCAACACCUCCUCACCCCAACACCUCCUCAGCCCAACACCUCCUCAGCCCAACACCUCCUCAGCCCAACACCUCCUCAGCCCAACACCUCCUCAGCCCAACACCUCCUCACCCCAACACCUCCUCAGCCCAACACCUCCUCAGCCCAACACCUCCUCAGCCCAACACCUCCUCAGCCCAACGCCUCCUCACCCCAACACCUCCUCAGCCCAACACCUCCUCAGCCCAACACCUCCUCAGCCCAACACCUCCUCAGCCCAACACCUCCUCAGCCCAACACCUCCUCAGCCCAACGCCUCCUCAGCCCAACACCUCCUCAGCCCAACACCUCCUCAGCCCAACACCUCCUCAACCCAAAACCUCCUCAACCCAACACCUCCUCACCCCAACACCUCCUCAGCCCAACACCUCCUCAGGUCAACACCUCCUCACCCCAACACCUCCUCAGCCCAACACCUCCUCAGCCCAACACCUCCUCACCCCAACACCUCCUCAGGUCAACACCUCCUCAGCCCAACACCUCCUCACCCCAACACCUCCUCAGCCCAACACCUCCUCAGGUCAACACCUCCUCAGCCCAACACCUCCUCACCCCAACACCUCCUCAGCCCAACACCUCCUCAGCCCAACACCUCCUCAACCCAACACCUCCUCACCCCAACACCUCCUCAGCCCAACACCUCCUCACCCCAACACCUCCUCAGCCCAACACCUCCUCACCCCAACACCUCCUCACCCCAACACCUCCUCACCCCAACACCUCCUCACCCCAACACCUCCUCAGCCCAACACCUCCUCACCCCAACACCUCCUCAGCCCAACACCUCCUCAGCCCAACACCUCCUCAGCCCAACACCUCCUCAGCCCAACACCUCCUCAGCCCAACACCUCCUCAGCCCAACACCUCCUCACCCCAACACCUCCUCAGCCCAACGCCUCCUCAGCCCAACACCUCCUCAGCCCAACACCUCCUCAGCCCAACACCUCCUCAACCCAACACCUCCUCAACCCAACACCUCCUCACCCCAACACCUCCUCAGCCCAACACCUCCUCAGUCAACACCUCCUCACCCCAACACCUCCUCAGCCCAACACCUCCUCAGCCCAACACCUCCUCACCCCAACACCUCCUCAGGUCAACACCUCCUCAGCCCAACACCUCCUCACCCCAACACCUCCUCAGCCCAACACCUCCUCAGGCCAACACCUCCUCAGCCCAACACCUCCUCACCCAACACCUCCUCAGCCCAACACCUCCUCAGCCCAACACCUCCUCAGCCCAAACACCUCCUCAGCCCAACACCUCCUCAGCCCAACACCUCCUCACCCAACACCUCCUCAGCCCAACACCUCCUCACCCCAACACCUCCUCAGCCCAACACCUCCUCACCCCAAACACCCUCCUCAGCCCAACACCUCCUCAGCCCAACACCUCCUCACCAACACCUCCUCAGCCCAACACCUCCUCAGCCCAACACCUCCUCAGCCCAACCCCCUCUCAGCCCCAACACCUCCUCAGCCCAACACCUCCUCGCCCAACACCUCCUCAGCCCAACACCUCCUCAGCCCCCCCAACACCUCCUCAGCCCAACACCUCCUCAGCCCAACACCUCCUCAGCCCAACACCUCCUCACCCAACACCUCCUCAGCCCAACACCUCCUCACCCCAACACCUCCUCAGCCCAACACCUCCUCAGCCCAACACCUCCUCAGCCCAACACCUCCUCAGACCCUAACACCUCCUCAGCCCAACACCUCCUCAGCCCAACACCUCCUCAGCCCAACACCUCCUCAGCCCAACACCUCCUCAGCCCAACACCUCCUCAGCCCAACACCUCCUCAGCCCAACACCUCCUCAGCCCAACACCUCCUCAGCCCAACACCUCCUCAGCCCACAACACCUCCUCAGCCCAACACCUCCUCAGCCCACACCUCCUCAGCCACAACACCUCCUCAACACCUCCUCACCCAACACCUCCUCAGCCCAACACCUCCUCAGCCCAACACCUCCUCAGCCCAACACCUCCUCACCCCAACACCUCCUCACCCCAACACCUCCUCACCCCAACACCUCCUCACCCCAACACCUCCUCACCCAACACCUCCUCAGCCAACACCUCCUCACCCCAACACCUCCUCAGCCCAACACCUCCUCAGCCCCAACACCUCCUCAGCCCACCUCCUCAGCCCAACACCUCCUCACCCAACACCUCCUCAGCCCAACACCUCCUCAGCCCAACACCUCCUCACCCAACACCUCCUCACCCCAACACCUCCUCAGCCCAACACCUCCUCACCCCACAACACCUCCUCAGCCCAACACCUCCUCACCCACAACACCUCCUCAGCCCAACACCUCCUCAGCCCAACACCUCCUCAGCCCAACACCUCCUCAGCCCAACACCUCCUCAGCCAACACCUCCUCAGCCCAACACCUCCUCAGCCCAACACCUCCUCAGCCCAACACCUCCUCAGCCAACACCCUCACCACACCUCCUCAGCCCAACACCUCCUCAGCACCCAACACCUCCUCACCCAACACCUCCUCACCCAACACCUCCUCAGCCCAACACCUCCUCACCAACACCUCCUCAGCCCAACACCUCCUCAGCCCAACACCCUCCUCAGCCCAACACCUCCCACCAACAACACCUCCUCAGCCCAACACCUCUCACCCAACACCUCCUCACCCCAACACCUCCUCAGCCCAACACCUCCUCAGCCCAACACCUCCUCAGCCCAACACCUCCUCACCCAACACCUCCUCAGCCCAACACCUCCUCACCCAACACCUCCUCACCCAACACCUCCUCAGCCCACACCUCCUCAGCCCAACACCUCCUCAGCCCAACACCUCCUCAGCCCAACACCUCCUCAGCCCAACACCUCCUCACCCAACACCUCCUCACCCAACACCUCCUCACCCAACACCUCCUCAGCCCAACACCUCCUCAGCCCAACACCUCCUCAGCCCAACACCUCCUCAGCCCAACACCUCCUCAGCCCAACACCUCCUCAGCCCAACACCUCCUCAGCCCAACACCUCCUCAGCCCACACACUGAUUAA